CGACGAUAACCAGCUCCAAAGCCAUUCUCCACGAGCUUUCGCACACGCUCUUUUAUCUGUUACUUUUGCCUUAAGAACUCUUUACUCUUUCAAGAAAAUUGGCAGAUUGAGCUGCGCCAUGGACGGCUUCAGGGAACUCCUCCACCAAAAGGCCUCAACCCACCUGCCCAACUGGCCCAAAGGCCCUGGUUCGUUCUACGUUGCCAUUCUGCCACACAGUAUACACCCCACUAAAUCCGAAGGAGCCAAUUUUCUCUGGCUCAAGGCUAAGGGCAAAAGUACGGUUGGAAAGGUUAGGGGUAUCCAUUGUACGCGGCUGGAGCUUGAGACAGGAACGGAGGUUCGCCUCGCUGAUGGGCCGGCGUUUGCGAAGGAGGAUGCGCUGAUUCGGGAUUUGGACUAUUUUAAGAGCGGUGUGGUGGUGUUCUGGUCUGUUGCGAGGAGUACUGGUGGGACAGUGCCAUUGGAGGUGCCAUUCGAGAAGGUUCCUACAACGCGGCAGAGUUCAGUUGAAAGUGAUCAAGGGAUACCGAGGAGCAACGAGGAUGAUCGCAUACCAUCGUUAAGCCCCAAAUUACCGUCGAUAACUCGUCCCUCCUUCAAUGAAGAGCUCCAAAAUCUCCGCGACAGGCAUUUCAACGCCCUCUUCGAAGCUCAGGAGGAAUCCGGCACUCAUCGUAUUCGUUGUUCAGAUUGCCCACUGUACAGCUUCACAAAUAUAUGUGAAUUUUCCCAGCAUCUUGAUUCUGAAGAGCAUAAAGCGGCCAUGAAAAGGAGGGUGCGUCUGAUGCUGGAUCUAUACAAGAAUCUCCGUCACCGCUAUGGCUUCACGGGGCUGAAUAUCCCCACUACUGGGCAUGGCUUCCGUACACCACUUCCUAAAAUCAAAUGUGAGCUGUGCCUUGAGUGGGAGCAUAAAAUCCUGGGCGGGGACGAGGUGCCUUCUCUCUUAGCUGUGGGGAAAGCACAUUUGAAAUCCCCCGGCCAUCCAGUUGAAUAUGAUGAGGAGGAGGUCAAGGAAUACGUGCGUCAAAACUCACGAGGCUGCCUUUCCUCAACGCAUAUAAAACUCCUAGAGCGACUUCAGAAGCGCCACCCAGGCUCCGAAUUAGGGCUCGACGUCGGCGGAGAUUCAGCAACCCUCAUCCACUGCCGAGACUGCCAUGUCUACAUCCACAUGCCUUCUUCGAAGGAAGUCGAUUCUUCCCAAACUAUCAGAAAGGUUGACGAGCAUUUCGCGACCACUCGGCACAAGAGGCUGGCUCGUACAAGAAUGGAGUGUAACAAGAAGAGAAAACGGCUCGAGAAGAUCUCUCUGGAUGAUAUGCCAGUCAAAAGACAGCGUCAAGAGACUUCAGAGACCGAUCAGGCUACUCCACUUCCAAAUUCGCCAAUGAUGGUGUAACUUAACGAUAUGGCCACUCCCAGGUAGUGAACAACAAAAACAAUAGACCACCAACCUCAAUCGAAGCGGCAGGCUUCUGCAGCUAAUUCAUGCCUAACACACCAGCGAUUCCAUGGACAACGAAAAGGUCUAAGGCACAGUCGAAAAUGCAGGCCACGCAGAAGACUGCCGCGGAUGUUCAUAGAGGACAAAGUGAAAUCUUUGGCCAGUGAGUUUUGUGUUUCCACGAUCCCUUCGGACGAACCUCCGAAAGCCGAUUUAAGUUGGCCGAGCAGGUAGCUCAGUGUGGGAAUAUUCUCAUGACAUUUUCCAUUUCCGUUUCUAGAUCUGAGCCGGUGCUGCUUUAGCCCGUUAUGGGCGAGCAAGGUUAAGUAAAGGUGAGCUCGAAAGGGAUUUAUAAACUCUAAACAAGAUAAGAUUAGAUUAUUUCAAGCUUUAUAAAU